CUUUGCCACUGAAUCUUUGACCAUUUCUAGCACCACGUGAGAUCAGACAACAUGUCACAUGUUGGCUGAUAGAUCACCUCAUAUGUCAUCAGGUGUUCUAUUCUGGGUCAAGACUGCUGCAGCCAUCCCAGACUUACUGCACUAUUUGUUGGACUGUAGGUCUUUCAUGACGUUUACUGCAGCUGUGACCCUCUUGGGAUCACUAUAUAUGCUUUGUGAUAAGCAUGGUUCUCUCCACAGUCUGCCUGUCCUCUCGUCCUGAUUUGUUAUUGAGCUAUUUAUCCUAGCUCAAGUUCAAUUUCUAGGUUACUGUUUUGGUUGAGUUGGGUUCUGUUUCAUUUCUGACAGAGAACUUAAGAAUGGCUUCCGACAAGAGCGAGAAUUGCCUUGGUUGGGCAGCUAGAGAUGAAUCAGGAGUUCUAUCCCCAUAUGAGUUUAACAGAAGGGCUGUUGGGAAAGAUGACAUUUCAGUUAGAAUAACACACUGUGGAAUGUGUUAUGCUGAUGUUCUUUACACCAGGGGUAAAUCUCGGAAGUCGCUAUAUCCUGUAGUACCAGGCCAUGAGAUAGUUGGAAUUGUACAAGAAGCUGGAUCUGAUGUUCAUCGCUUUAAAAUUGGAGACCAUGUUGGGGUGGGAACAUAUGUUAACUCAUGCAGGGAUUGCGAGUAUUGUGAUGAUGGGCUUGAAGUGCACUGUGCAGAUGGAAUUGUUACCACCUUUAAUGGUGUUGAUGUCGACGGCACCAUCACUAGAGGAGGAUACUCCAGUUUCAUUGUUGUUCAUGAAAGAUACUGCUACAACAUACCUGAUAGCUAUCCGCUAGCUUUAGCAGCACCGUUGCUGUGUGCUGGCAUAACAGUCUACACUCCCAUGAUUCGUCACAAGAUGAACCAACCCGGAAAAUCCCUUGGGGUGAUUGGACUAGGUGGCCUCGGUCACUUGGCUGUGAAGUUCGGCAAGGCUUUUGGACUAUAUGUCACAGUUUUUAGCACAAGCAUGUCGAAAAAAGAGGAAGCCUUGACUAUCCUUGGAGCAGACAACUUCGUAGUCUCCUCCGACAAGGAGCAAAUGAAGACUCUGGACAAAUCCCUGGACUUCAUUAUUGACACAGCAUCAGGGGAUCAUAUAUUUGAUCCAUACAUAUCCACUCUGAAGACUGCUGGAGUCCUGGUCUUGGUGGGCGCUCCAAAUGAAAUCAAGCUGAGUCCUCUGAACCUCCUUCUAGGUAUGAUAACCAUUUCAGGAAGUGUAGUGGGUGGCACAAAACGUACACAAGAAAUGUUGGAUUUUUGUGGAACUCACAAAAUCCACCCAGAAAUAGAAAUCAUACCAAUUCAGUCUGUGAAUGAAGCCCUUGAGAGGCUGAUAAAGAACGACGUCAAGUAUCGAUUUGUGAUUGACAUAGAAAACUCCCUCGAGUGAUAUACAGCACUCCCGAGGAAUGGCACAGUGAUGAAUGAAAACUCUUCAGCAUUCAGUUCCACUAGUUUCUUUUUGCAACAGCCUGAGAAUAAAAUAAAUAGCAUUGUAUCUGCUUUCAAGUCUAAAAUGUGAACUCUGGUUCUGAAAAAAUCAUCUUUUAUUUGAUAUUGUAUGAUUGUUUUGACUAUCUUAGAGAUUAAUAUAAAAACUAUUCUUGCAGUUUUAUAGUUU